AUGGCCGACUGUCCUUCCAGCAUACAGCUGCUUGGUGACCACGGGGCCUCUGUGAAUGCCAAAGACAUAGAUGGGCGGACCCCGCUUGUCCUGGCUACUCAAAUGUGUGGACCAGCUAUAUGUCAACUGCUAAUCGAUAGAGGAGCAAAUGUUAACUCCAGAGACAAACAGAACAGAACUGCUCUCAUGCUAGGCUGUGAGUAUGGUUGCAAAGAUGCAGUGGACGUCUUGAUUAAGAAUGGAGCUGACAUCAGCUUGCUGGAUGCCCUGGGCCAUGACAGUGCAUACUAUGCAAGAAUUGGUGACAAUCUGGACAUUCUGACCUUAUUGAAGACGGCAUCAGAAAAUACCCACAAAGGGAGAGAACAUUGGAAGAAGGGACCACCUGUACAACAGCGCAAUUUGACACUUUUGCAAGGUGAAGUAAAUGCAACAUCAAAUCAGAGGCAGCAUUGAAACAUUUAGGACUUGGAGAUUGAAAAUGAAGAUUUGAAAGAAAGGUUGAGAAAAAUUCAGCAAGAGCAAAGAAUACUUGUAGACAAAGUCAAUGGUUUGCAGUUACAAGUGAAUGAGGAAGUGAUGGUUGCUGAUGAUCUGGAAAGUGAGAGAGAAAAGCUGAGAUCCCUCUCGGCAGCCAAAGAAAAGCAACAUGAGGAAAGCUUAAGAACUAUUGAGACUCUGAAAAAUAGAUUUAAAUAUUUUGAGUGUCCUCCCUCAGGCAUGGCAGCCCACGUGCAAAGAAGAUCCAUGUUAAGACCUCUGGAGCUAUCUUCCCCCAACCAAAGCUCGUACUCGAAGAAUGAAAUUUUAAAGAAAGAAUUAGAAGCAAUGCGAACUUUUUGUGAUUCAGCAAAACAAGACCGACUCAAGCUGCGAAAUGAGCUGGCUCACAAGGUGGCUGAAUGCAAAGCUCCGGCACUGGAAUGUGAGUGGGUCAAGGAGGACUCAGAUGGGCAGAUCAAGCAGCUGGAAGAUGCAUUAAAGGACGUGCAGAAGAGGAUGUAUGAGUCAGAAGGUAAAGUUAAACAAAUGCAGACCCAUUUUCUGGCCCUGAAAGAGCACUUAACAAAUGAGGCAGCUCCUGGGAGCCUCAGGCUCAACGAGGAACUGAAGGAGCAGCUGAAAGACAUGAAGGCCGAAUACGAAGGUGCUGCAGCAGAAGUAGGCACGUUAAGAAAUCAGAUCCGACAAAACGAGAUGCUGGUGGAAGAGCGGAGGAGGGGUGAGAGCAAGCUGAUAGAAGAAAACAAACGAUUGCAAAAGAACGUGCGUCUGUGUGAAAUGGACCGAGAGAAGAAAGGGAGGAAGGUGUUGGAGAUGGAGCGGCAAUUGAAAGAAUUAUCAGCAGAGUUGGCCCUUUCUAUUCCAAAAGAAAAAUUUGAAAGCAUGAAAAGCCUAUUAUCCAGUGAAGUGAAAGAGAAAGCCAAAAAGCUAGUGGAGACACAAACAGACUAUGAAAAGUCAGUCAGUGAAAUCAGGCAGUUAAAGAGGGAACUCGAGGAUGCGAAGGCCAAACUUGCUCUGCGGAUCAGACCAGAGGAGCACGAGCAGCUCAAGCGCAGCCUUGAGCAGAAGUCAGGAGAGCUUGGCAAGAAGCUCACCGAAUUCACCGUGAAAAACGAGACUUGACAAAAGGAAUUGGAAAAAGUCUGUGUGGAUAAUAAACUCCUCAACCAGCAAGUACACAAUCUCACUAUGGAAAUCAAAACUCACUCUGUCCCUUUAACAGUAAACCAAGCUGAUGUGGCUAUCGAGGAUUUGAAUAGAAAGCUUUUAGACAUAACACAAAAAUACACAGAGAAGAAGUUGGUAGCAGAGAAAUUGCUGCUGGAAAAUGACAGUUUACGUGAGAAUGUUAGCCAUUUGGAAACCGUGUACGUGCCUCCCGAGCAAUAAGAGAAGGAGCUAAUGGCUCUGAAACCCAGUAUUGCUGAACUUCAAAAAGAGCUGUCUGAACUUCAUAAAAAAUGUGAUGAAGGUCAAGAGAAAAUACGUGCGCUUCUGUCUGAAAACACUCACUUGAAAAAGACUCUGAGUACCCAGUAUGUGCCAGCUAAGACCCAUGAAGAGAUGAAAAUGGCAUUGAAUAACACUUUAGAUAAAACUAAGAGAGAAUUAUUGGAUGUGAAGAAAAAAUUGGAACAGUCAAAUCAAGAAUUUUUCAAAAUGAGAGACAAGAAUGAAGUGUUAAAGAGAAACCUGGAGAACACCGAGAACCACAUUAAGGCUGAGUACAUCCGCCUAGAAGAGCACGAGGCGCAGGUGAGUGCUCUGCGUGAGAGCGUGCAGAAGGCACAGGCUGACAGGGCAGAAAUGAUGGCUGAUUAUGGAAAAGGUCAGGAGGAGAUCGCCAUGCUGCAUGCUGAAAUUCAAGCCCAGAAAAAGGAGCUGGACACGAUACAGGAGUGCAUUCAGCUCAAAUAUGCUCCCAUCAUCAGCUUUGAAGAGUGUGAGCGCAAAUUCAAAGCCACUGAGAAAGAGCUGAAAGAACAGUUAUCAGAGCAGACACGGAAGUCUAGAAUCGAAGAGGAAGAGACUAGGAAAACCAAAGAGGAGAAUGACAAGUUGAAGAAGGAUGUCUUGGCUCUUCGGAAAGAUUUACAGAAUAAGCGUAUUUUGAUUGUGAAUUCUCAAGAAAAGGAAAGAGCUUUCAGCCAAAACGCUGACGAGCUCAGCAAGCAGGUCAAUGACCUGUCACAGAAAUACGCAGAGGUCAAGAAGGAGAAUGAGCAGCUGGUAGAAACCAGUGCCAAACAGACCUCUGAGAUGCUUGCAGUGCACAGUCUUCUGCAGAAACAGCACAUCCCUGUGGAACAGGUGGAGGCUCUGAAGAGCAGCCUGAACGGCACAAUAGAACAUCUACAGCAGGAACUGAAGAAGAAGAAGAAAUGCCUCGAGGAAGAGCAGCAGACAGUGGCCACACUGCACCAACUACUGGAGAACCAAAAGAACUCUUCUGUGGCCCUGGCAGAGCACUUGCAGGUGAAGGGAACGUUGGAGGAGGAGGUUGGACUCAUUCGGGCUCGUCUGAGAGAAAAGGAAGAGGAGAGCCAAAGCAGAACUGAAGAAGUCUCCAAACUCCAGACUGAGGUUCAGAGGGCUCGACAGGUGAUCAGACAGCUGGAAGCCAGAGAGGUAGUUGAUUUGUCCAAGUAUAACACAAUGAAAAGAGACUUGGAGGAAGUCUAUGAGGAGAGGUUGCGUGGGAAGAAGAAGGAGCUUUCCCCAAAAGAGCAGAAGGAAUCUGUGCAUUUCAACAUUGAGCAGGAACUCCAGGAUCAGAAGGAGCGAUGCCAUAGGUCCCUAACAAUGGUCACCGAGCUACAGAGAAGAAUACAAGAAUCUGCUAAACAGCUUGAAGCCAAAGAUGACAAGAUAACUGAACUGCUGACUGAUGUAGAAAGGCUGAAACAGGCACUCAACGACCUUUCCCAACUCACCUACGCGAGCGGCAGCCCCACCAAGAGGCAGAGCCAGCUCAUCGACAGUCUGCAGCAUCAAGUGAAGUCGCUGAGGCAGCAGUUGGCCGAUGCCAACAGACAGCACCAAGAAGUCAUUGCAAUUGGCCGGACACACCUUCUUAGUGCUGCGCAGGGUCACAUGGAUGAGGAUGUUCAGGCAGCCUUACUUCAGAUCAUACAGAUGCGGCAGGGGCUCGUGUGCUAGCAGCCGGCUACGAGCAGCCAACAUCUGCCUUUCCCUUUGGUACUGAAUGUUCUGGGUGCAACUGCGCGGCCUUCCCUGGCAUGUCCAGGGCUGGAGCAGUUAAAAUAAAAUGUAUUUGUUCCAUUUGUUGGUCCUUUUCAUGAAAUACAUAUGUUACUGAGGUUUUCAUCCAUUAAAAUCUUACAUUUGUGUAUACUAAUAGUAGAGUGAAGCCAGUAGCUUAUCAGGUUGGUUCUCAAGAAUGCGUGAUUACAUUUGUUUAAGUCUGUGAGCUUCCUUGUUAUC